AUGAGAUCUGACAAGAAAGGCCCAGAUGCAGAGAGAAUGGAGCAGAGUGAAGAGUUGAACUACGUGCCGAGUGUGUCGUUUGACACCGUGCCCUUGCUGGCAGGAAUUGCCUGCGAGAGCGGAGACGAGAAUCACGAUUGCCACGACCAUACUUUGGAAUAUACCGAAGACGAGUUUUACGACGACGAAACACCCGCAGAUUACUCUGGAUAUCCCAACCACGAUCGUCGAACAGUGAUAGACUCGACGAUAAACGGGCUGGACGGGUUCCACAUCGGAUGGGACGGACGCAUUACACGAACAGACUAUCCCAGCCGGCCUACAAUCGUGAACGACGCUCUGGUGCUGAGUAAGGUGCACAAAACGUGGCUGGCACGCUGGAGGUCGCGUCAGGCGUGUAUGGAGUCCAGACUGCGAUCGGGAACAACCCAUUUUGUAUUUCCGGCACUGAUAACCCCGAUGGAAUCGAAUGCAAAGCCCUCAGGCACCAGUGGAUACACACCGCUCACCAAGGAAGAGCGCAGACGAGCGCUGAUUAUUGGCAAAAAAGUCGGCUUCCCAAAUUCGCCAAGAACUAUCGUGUGCCACAUCAGUGGCAGGAAGUACACUUGGACUGCGCUGGACUGGCUCCUCAAGCAGUUCUCACAAGAUGUCGACCAUCUAGUGAUCAUCGCGAACAUUCCAAAAAUGUCAGGCAGCGGAUCGCGGUCCAGAUCGAGGUCCAGGUCGGCCAUCAGAAGGAGCAGGCCAAUAGCAUCUUCCAGACGUCUCUCUGCGACAUCUGAGACUAUGUACCGAACAUUUUCGGCAGAGCCUGCAGAUGAGCAGAAUAGACAAAAACACGAAGAGUGGCUGGAAUGGGCCUCGGGGUACGAUGCGGGUCGCAUAAAGGAGGUUUUGAACAACAUUUUGAAAUAUGUGACUUGCGUUCUGCCGGAAAAUCGGGCUGUGAAAGUAACUGUGGAGAUCGUUCUGGGCAAGACCAAGAAAAUACUGGUCGACAGCAUAAAUGUCUAUCAUCCCGACUUGAUGGUACUCAGCUCCGUCCGGUCUGGUGAGACCGAAAGCAUGGUGAAAUGGAAAUCACGAAGCCUUGUAGAUAAAGCAUGCCAAACGUUCCCAGUCCCAGUUGUAUUGGUCCCGGUGAAGACGCUGCUGGAACUGGAGCGCGAUGUUAAGGACCAACUUGAAAUGCAAAUCGCGGCCAAAUCAGCCGAGAGUUCCAACCACAUGCCCCAACUGCACCAUGCAAAUACUGCACCCGGUAUACUCAACCACACAGGCACACCUGAUCCCUCCAGCUCUGCAGGUCCGAGAACGGAGGGGUCUUCCACCAGCUCAAUUGAUAGUGAGGACACUGGCAUUGACUCCUCAGUGUCUUUGAUAAACAACAAUGCUCUCUCUGCAAAUACACGACUGAGGGACGACCUGAUGACUUUAAGGAAGGAGACCAAGGCCAAGACUGAGGCGAUGAAAGAGAACAACUCGCUGACCUCGGACCAACAAUUGAUAGCUAGUGUCGACGUGAUUUUUGAUGCCACUUUGAAAUUUGCGGACCUCCUGGAUGCCCUCAACCAAAGCACAGAGUCCUUGGUCGAGCUCAAAAGGGAAUUCACUGGUAAUGCCAGUAAAGAAAUGGCACGCAGCAGAAAAUCUAUGCUGGACGUUGUGGGCUCUCCUAAAGUCUCUAAGCUCAAUCAGCAGAAAAAAGGAACUCCAUUGAAAGGCCAGAUCAAGCUGCCCGCCACUGGCGCCGAUCCUAGCGACUCUAUUGUUGCCAAUGGUGGAAACAAUGCAGUACCCAAAAUUCAAAUCAAGUUUGCGCCCGAAGUCAAGGACAAGGACGGAACAGCGUCUGCCGAGCGGAACGCAAUCGAAAGAACAUUUUCCUACGAUGCUACAUUGCGGUCUCACUCCUCAAAUAGCAUUGAGAACUCUCUCAGAGACACCGACUUGCGUAAAGUUCGCAGUGCGAGCGUAUUAAAACCUACAAAAUCUGCCACUUCUGUAAGCAGCGACAUCAAGAAAAAGAGCAAAGGGCUUUUCUCAUUUUUGGGAGGCUUCGACAGCGGCUCAGGGAGCACUGGAAGUACACCAUCCACUAGUAGAAGAAACAGUAUCGGUAGCGAGGCCAGCGGUAUAAUAUUGAACGCACCCAAAAAGAAGAAAAGAUCGCGGUUCUUUGGCCUGCGUAAAUCCUAA